UGCGAAUUUCACGAACGCGGAAGAGAUUGCAAGGCCAAAUGCAAAAGAAGCGGGUAUUGUGAAGGGGAGAGGAAGCUACACCACGACGAAGCUAUGUCAUGUCCUCUGGACUUAUGCUCUUGCGAAACGCUACUCCACCCUUUCCCAGCAGGGCGGGGGCCGGAGUUAACAGCAAUAACCUUCAAUCCUGGCCUCAUGCCAGGCACGGGACUUACGCGAGCAUCUUCUGCGAUUGGGAAUUUCCUGUGGCAUAAGGCGAUGCCGCAUAUUCUGCCGUUGCUGCGCUUGCUACUCGGAAACAAGAAUAUCCAUACGCAGGCUGAGAGCGGGAAGAAUAUGGCGUUUCUUGUUCUUGGCGAGGGAGACAUGAAAGGCACUAAUGGCGUGUAUUUUGAGAAUCACGGGGAGAAGAGGAAGAUAUCGCAGAGUGUAAGGAACAGUGAUUGCACAAAUGGUUGUCUGAUUAAAAGAAGCUCUGAGGGAGCCUCUGAUCUUGCUAAAUAAAGGGGAGCUGCUGAGUAAGCUGAGCUAAGCUCCCUAGUACCCGUAUCCAUACGACAGAAGAGUAGUCAGGUUAGUUAUGAGGAGGGGGAAAGGGAAGAGCUUUGGGAGUGGACGAUUAAGACGGU